AAUCAUCAAUUAAUAGACAAAAAUCUUUUCUUAGUUUGAACAACAACAACUUUAACAUCAUUAAAACAAUGAAAUCGUUAUUAAUAAUUUUGCUAAUUGCAAUCAUUAUCGAUAAUUAUUGUUUGACACUUGAACAGAUUCAUUUGUCACUUGGAACUAAUGAAACUGAAAUGAUUGUAACAUGGACAAUACCUGAACAAACAUGUCCAUUACAGCAACAAAAUGCUAAAGUAUUUUAUAGCCGGAACAAUAAUUCAACCAAACAAUUACAAUCAUCAAUUGCUGAAAUGGAAUCAUUUAAAGAUUUAGAUAUUAAAUACUGUACAUAUAGAGCAUUAUUAAAUUUACUUAAACCAAAUACAACUUAUUUUUAUUGGAUUGAACAGGGAAAAAAUCGAUCCGAUAUUUAUGAAUUUAAAACAUUACCAAUUGGAAAUGAAUGGUUACCACGUUUUGCUAUCUAUGGUGAUUUAGGUUAUGUUAAUGAUCAAUCAUUACCAUAUUUGAAAAAAGAUGUUGAACAAAAUCUAUUCGAUGCAAUAUUUCAUGUUGGUGAUUUUGCCUAUGAUCUUUGUUCGGAAAAUGGUUGGUGUGGACAUAAUUUUAUGCGAACAAUUGAACCGAUUGCAUCGAAAGUUCCAUAUAUGACAUGUCCAGGAAAUCAUGAAGAAUUUAAUAAUUUUAGUCAUUAUGAUUCAAGAUUUUCAAUGAUUGGUGAUCGCUUUGAUAAUAAUGAUCAUUUGAUGCAAAACAUUUCAUUAAAUAAACGUCUGAAUAAUCAUUAUCAUAGUAUGAAUAUUGGUCCAAUUCAUAUUAUAAUGUUUUCAACGGAAUAUUAUUAUUAUACGGAAUAUGGUUGGCAACAAAUCGAACAACAAUAUCGAUGGUUAGAAAAGGAUUUAAAACGGGCUAAUGAAAAUCGUCAUCAACAACCAUGGAUUAUUGUUAUGGGACAUCGACCACUUUAUUGUCUAAAAAUGGGUGAUGAUUCAUGUGAUCAUCAUACAAUGGAACGAAAAGAAAUCCGUCAAGGUAUUCGGAUGCAUCGACGACCAAAUUCACCAAGACAAUAUGGUUUGGAAGAUUUAUUCUUCAAAUAUGGUGUGGAUAUACAAUUCUAUGGACAUGAACAUUUUUAUGCACGUUUAGAUCCGAUUUAUAAUUAUACAAUAUUGAAUGGAAAACAUUCCAAAAAUCCAUAUGAUCAUCCUGAAGGUCCUAUUCAUAUAACAACAGGUAGUGCUGGUAAUCUAGAAUUUCAUCCACCAUUUAAUCAACUGAAAAAUUGGGUUAGCUGUCAUUUUCUUGAUUAUGGUUAUACACGUUUAUUAAUGAUUGAUAAAUAUCAUAUUCGAUUACAACAAAUAUCGGAUGAUCAGAAUGGUGAAAUAUUAGAUGAAAUUAAUAUUUUCAAAAGUCAACCACAACCACAAUGGAUGUUAUGAUAAUUAACAUUUUUUUUCAAAAUCCUUCAAAUUCAAUGUUCCGUAUAAUUGAAUUCGGUUUUUUA